GCUCUCAUUGAGGGCAACACUGGUUGUCUGACCGGUCACAUUGCAACCAUGACGCCUAAACAUUGCUUUCUAGGCUUCCUCAUCAGUUUCCUCCUGACUGGUGUAGUGGAAACCCAGUCAGCCCAUGAAUCCCUGAUGCCUCAGCGAGUACAUUUUCAGUCUCGAAAUUUCCACAACAUUUUGCACUGGCAGCCUGGGAGGGCUUGUACCAGCAACAGCAGUAUCUAUUUCGUACAGUAUAAAAUGUAUGGACAGAGACAAUGGAAAAAUAAAGAGGACUGUUGGGGUAUUCUCGAAUCCUUUUGUGACCUUACCAAUGAAACGUCAGAUAUACAGGAACCUUACUAUGGAAGGGUGAGGACCAUCUCAGCUGGGAUCCGCUCAGGCUGGACCAUGACGCAGCGCUUCACUCCCUGGUGGGAAACGAAAAUUGAUCCUCCAGUCAUGAAUAUAACUCAAGUUAAUGGAUCUUUGUUGGUGAUUCUUCAUGCUCCAGGUUUACCGUAUAGAGACCAAAAAGGAAAAAAUGUAUCAAUAGAAAAUUACUAUGAGCUAGUAUAUCGAGUCUUUAUAAUUAACAAUUCAAUAGGAAAGGAACAAAAGGUAUAUGAAGGAGCUCACAGAGUUGUUGAAAUUGGAGUUCUGGCACCUCACACUGCUUACUGUGUAGUGGCUGAAAUGUACCAGCCCAUGCUAGACAAAAGAAGUCGGAGAAGUGAAGAGAAAUGUGUGGAACUUCCUUGAAGGGUUCUGGAGUGCUCCACAAUAUGGAAAUCAAAACUCUGUGAGAGCGGGAUGGCUCAUGUUUGAAGGAUCUCACUGAAAGUUGUGCUUAUAUUUUCUUGAGGCGGUGUUCACCAUUAAUUACACCUUGGGGAACUCUUUGUUUACCCAUUCUUUCUUCCUUUACAUUUUACUGGUAAACUAAGCAACAUGGCUCAAAACAUUAGAAUUUAAAGAGGAGGCAAAGAAUAAAGUCCUCUCUGAGCGGAACUUUGUCUCUGAAUGUAACAUCCCAACCACAGCCUGCAUUGUUCUAAGACAGCUGAAUAAACAUUUAAGAGACAAGGUAAUAGUAGACAUUUAACAAAAGAGAGUUGGAUUAAUUUUUUUAAGAGAGUGCUACAGACAAAAGCAAUCUUGAAGCAAUCCUUUUUCACUCGCUAUUGAGACAGUUCACUUGACAUAGAUAUGCCAAUUUUUACAUAAAUGGAACUUUUACAUGAAUGCGUAUUUUCCAUGCAUUUCCUAUUUUAUAUGAAUGUACUUUUUCAUACAUUCAUUUUCUGUUACAAAAUAUUUCCACU